GGUCUAUGUCCACAAGAGGUGAUGUGAUGAGUAUUCUGCAGCGAUUAAGGAAUGUUAUUGAGACUAAUGUUGGAAUCAUGUUCUACGAGAAGCUUUGUGAAAUGGAAAUUGUCGCAUUUCAGACAAAGUACGGAAAGGAUUUUAAAGGCUAUAAGGACCUUCUGGACCAAGUUUCGUACCUCUUCACCAAUUCAAAUCCUUAUCUUGAUUAUCCGCAUCCGAACAUUCAUAAAGUAGUUGACAUUGGAGGGAUCGCUGUGACGUUGGAUGCUGCGAAGAACAAGCUUCCUCAGCACCUAGAUGAAAUCCUAAACAUUCGGCAGCUAAAUGUAAUAGUUUCAUUUGGAUCAGUUGUAAAAUCCUGUUAUAUGCCCGAAGAUUACAAGCAGUCGCUGCUAAAAGUGUUUGAAUCAAUGCCAAAUACUACCUUCAUCUGGAAAUACGAGCUGAAGGAGCAACAGUUUACGACAAACCUUCCC